UGACAUUGCACACAUCUGCAUAGUAAGAAUUAAGAUAUAUAUAAAGCAAAAAUAUAGCAAUAAUAUACAUAAAGCUUCCCCUACCUAAUUAAACACCUUUUAGUGGCUAUAUUCAACAUAUAUUUAAGUAGUAAAUGAAAUUUAAGCAAAACAGAAGUUCAAUUCUCCAAAAUAAUUACAAUUAUUUGCUGGCCUGUCUGCACAUUAACGCUGUGGAAAGGAGCUGUGAUAGGAGUAUGAGUGCCAUCUAUGCAGCCAAUCCCUGGACACCCUAAAAUAUUAACUGAUUAGUGCUUCUAGUCUCAAAGCUUCAUACUAAAUAAACAGAUUACUGCUUAGACUGAUACCUGCAAUUCUGUGGAAUUCAUUUUUGAUGGGUCUCGUGGGUCUGUGACUUGGGAACACUACAAAUGUGUACAGAAAACUUUUCAGUGCAAGAGUCACAUCUAUGACAGCCACACAGAGACGGUUGCCUUGGACAUAUGCUCACCGAUGUUAUACAGAAAACUGCAAUACAAAGUAUUUGUUUCCGAACUGAGAGCAUGUCCACGAUGUAUCAUAGAAACGAUAUGAGGGCUGAGAAUAUUGUUCAGAUGAAUGAUCAAUUGGGCAGAAAAACGGUAAUGCUAUAACAGAUAAACAUUAGGGAAUUAUAAAACCGACUGAGAUUGUAUUUGUGCUUCAAGAGUCACUACCGACUCUGCAGAGUAUUUGUGCUUCAAGUGUCUCUUUGAGAAAAAGACACCCUGUCUGACACGUUCAGAGAGGUUUCAGUGAAAGAGUAGGACAAACUCAGGGUUAGUUGAAUGAAACCUGCUAGAGAGCAGGUUAGCUUCACGGAGUAUGGUGCCUUAGUAAUAUAAAAUCUAAAGAACCCAAGUUACCAAGAACGCCUAAAAUGCCCGGAUGUGUACUUCAUCCGCCUCUUAUCGAGGAUGCAUGGGUUAGUGACUUGUUCAGCGAGAACGCAUCUGAUAUCCCAGAAUGUAUUUCGAGACGUCAGGAAAGCAGGAAAAGUAUGGGCUUAAAUGACUGCCAAAUGUCUUGUGGGUAAAUAAAGCGAUUUCCACACCUGUAAAUCACGAUCCAUACCACGGUUUUGCAUUUCGUAGUUGUAUUCUUUUAGUAUCUGUAAAAAAUGUUUUAUCAAGUAUUAAAAAAAUAUUUACACACACAACUCCUUUAUUACGCCGACAAAUCACCAAAUACAAACACAACUCGCGAUUUACAGAUACAACCACUUUAACUUGAGAUCUCGUUCAUUCCUGAUAGGGGGUCAAAGAAAAUGACUGCCAUAAAUAUUUGCAAGUGCUUUAGAUUUGCAUACUUGUAUUUCUUGAGUUGUGAAUAUGUAAUGAAUAAUCUGUACUUGUAAUUUUUAGCAUACCACUAGGAGAUAGUAAGUAUGUGUAAUUCUAAAGUCGUGUAUAUGUAAAUAUUUUUGGAAUACUUGCAAAAAAAUUAUUUGUACAGAUGCAAAUUGUUUGCUCAUUUAAGUCUUUAAUCACGCAUUCACAUAUCUUUAAAUACAACUACGAAAUGCAAAACCGUCGUGUGGAUUGUGAGUUACAGGUGUGCACAUUGCUUUAUUUACACACAAGACAUCUGGCAGUCAUUUGAGCCUAUAGGUAAAGCAUACAGUAUUGCGCAAUAGCCAAGUACACAUGCAGCUCAAUCUAGGUAGGUGUUCUCGCAAGACAAUACUCUCAAGGACGCUUGGCAAGAACGUUGUUCUGAAGGACACAAGUACGUUGAUAAACGGCCAUUGUUGUUGAUCAAGCCCUGACAAAGAAGAAGUGACGUAUAAUCUACGAGACGGGAGUGCAACGCAUUUUCACCAACAUUAUUCGACCGCCUCAGUAGCUUGCUAGCCAGCAUAGCUUUUUUGGUUAUUUUCUAUCUACGUAACCAAGUGUUAAAUAGUAGGGUGUUUUAUUCAAUACACUUUCAUAUUUACGUUGUAAGGCUGCUAGCUGGUUAAUAUAGCCUAUCACUUGGCAAGUUGCUAACACUAGCUAUCUACUAUGAGCUCAAUAAGGUACUCGCUCCCUAUCGGAGAAGAGGUCUUCUUUACGGAGAAAGGAUCUCUGAGGCUGAAGAUUGUUGUAAAAGAGGAAGAGGAUAGUACGGGGAAGGUAAAGGGGGAGGAAGUCACAGUGAAAGCAGAAGAAGUUAAAGUGGAGGAGGACGAGUUGGGGAACAAGAUUACUUUCACUGUGAAUUGGAAGGAUGAGGAGGAAGCUUUGAGAGUGUAUGACGAGGGGGAAGAACAGAUGACUGUCACGGUGAAAGGGCGAGAAGAGGAAGAAGACACGAGUACUGGGGACUGGACUAGAGAGAUACCAGAAUGUAACUCUGACAACAGAAAGAGUAUUUUAGAGGAACCAGAGCCAGAGAUGGCCAAACCAGUGGGACAACACCAAUGCUCCCACUGUGGGAAGAGAUUUUUUAGUUUAGGGUACAUGAAAGAACAUAUGAGAAUACACAGAGGAGAAAGGCCUUUACACUGUUCCCAUUGUGGAAAGAAGUUUAUGAGGUUACAUGCCCUGAAAUCCCAUGAGAUAGAACACACUGGAGAGGGUUUGCCGUGUUCUCAUUGUGGAAAGACAUUUAACACGUUAAAGCGCCUGAACUUACAUGAGUGGAUCCACACUGCAGAGAAGCGUUUCCAGUGUUCUCACUGCGGAAAGAAGUUUCUGAGGUUACGGUGCCUGAAAUUACAUGAGUUGAUCCACACUGCAGAGAAGCGUUUCCAGUGUUCUCACUGCGGAAGGAAGUUUCUGAGGUCACAGUGCGUGAAAUUACAUGAGUUGAUCCACACUGCAGAGAAGCGUUUCCAGUGUUCUCACUGCGGAAUGAAGUUUCUGAGGUUAAAGAGCCUGAAAUUACAUGAGAGAAACCACACUAGAGAAAGUUUCCCGUGUUCUCAUUGUGGAAAGACAUUUAAAAGGUUAAAGAGCCUGAAAUUACAUGAGUGGAUCCACAGAGAAGAGAAGCGUUUCCAAUGUUCCCAGUGUGGAAAAGGAUAUGAUCGUUUAACAAUGCUAAAAUGGCAUGAAAGAAUACAUCCAAAAGAAGAAACCUUCCACUGCUCUCAUUGUGGAAUGACAUUUUCCCAGUUAAAGGAACUGAAAUCACACAAGAGAAUACAGAGACUGAUGAAUGAUUUAUGCUUUUAACUAAUGAUUUGUGUUUUUGUUCUUGCAGAAUUAAAUAAUGUGAAGCUUACUCAGAAACAGGCCAAAGAAUACACAUCAAAUCAUCUGAAAUGUAUUUGUAUCAAAGUAUAAACCACUUGAUGUUCAUUGUACAGUAUGAUGUUAUUUUUAAAUGUCUUCUUCUGCUUCAUCCGGGGCCAGGUCGCGGGGGGCAUUAUUAAAUAUAAACGAUCAAACAAAUAGAACUGUCUAAACCUUGAAACCUAUUUUAUGUUAUUGUUUACUUUCAUUCAUUCAAUUUGUGUGCCAUUUAUCAAGCUAAUGGAAUAUACAAAUCUGAUGUUUAAAAUUACAUUGAUUUAUAUUUGACAUUCCAAACAUUAAAGUCCUUAUGAAACUGCU